AUCAAUCCAAUUCAUUUUCUCUUCUAAUUUCUUUAUUAGGCGAGGCACCUGCAGGAAUUAGGGAUUGCAGGGCAAAUUGCCAUCUCUACUUAUGAAGCGCGAAAUUACGGAAUAGGUAAAUACGGGUGAGGAGUAAGAUCUUUCCCAUCCAGUGCUUCCAUUAACCUCGCAUCCAAACUAUCAGGUUAGGUUUAUGGUUUUUUCACAGCCCAAAAGUUUCAUCUCACUCUCUCUCAGUUUUGUGUUUCCCCAAAGAGAACAAAGUGUUGCAGCAUAACCAACAGUACGCCAAAUUUUCAAGGUACGGUGUUUUUUUAAACCCUAAACCGAGCCCCUCAUGGCGUCGAAGUUCGGGUUGGCUGGCGGGAUACCGGAGCGGCGUGUCCGACCCAUUUGGGAUGCCAUCGAUUCUCGGCAGUUCAAAGCUGCUCUCAAGCAUGCUUCUACACUUCUCGCCAAGUUUCCAAACUCACCUUAUGCUCUGGCGCUUAAAGCUCUCAUCUUGGAAAGGAUGGGAAAAGCCGAAGAAGCAUUAUCUGUUUGCUUAAGUGCCAAAGAGCUACUAUACACCAAUGACUCUUUCUUAAUGGAUGAUCUCACUCUAAGCACACUUCAAAUUGUUUUCCAACGACUUGAUCACCUGGACUUGGCCACUAGCUGCUAUGAAUAUGCAUGCGGGAAAUUUCCGAGUAAUCUGGAACUAAUGAUGGGGCUUUUUAAUUGUUAUGUCCGGGAGUAUUCAUUUGUGAAGCAGCAACAGACAGCUAUCAAAAUGUAUAAGCUCGUCGGUGAAGAGAGAUUUUUGCUCUGGGCAGUUUGCAGCAUCCAUUUACAGGUGCUUUGUGGAAAUGGGGGAGAGAAGUUAUUACUCUUAGCAGAAGGAUUAAUUAAGAAGCAUGUUGCUGCCCAUAGCUUGCAUGAGCCUGAAGCACUUAUGGUCUAUAUUUCCUUACUGGAGCAACAAGCAAAGUAUGGGGAUGCACUGGAAAUUCUCUCUGGAAAAUUAGGAUCACUAUUAAUGAUUGAAGUUGAUAAACUACGCAUACAGGGGAGGCUUCUUGCUCGGUCAGGUGAUUAUGCCGCUGCUGCCAAUACAUUUCAGAAAAUCUUAGAACUGUGCCCGGAUGAUUGGGAGGGUUUCCUACAUUAUCUAGGCUGUUUGCUGGAGGAUGACAGCAACUGGUGCAAUAUGGCUAUGGAUAAUCCAACUAAUCCACCUAAAUCCAUUAACUGCAAGAUUUCAGACUUGGCUGAUGAAGUGUUUGAUUCUCGAAUAUCGGAAGCUUCAGCUUUGGUACAGAAGUUACAGGAGGAUUCCAAUAAUAAUUUCACAAGGGGCCCAUUUUAUGCAAAUAUUGAAAUUGAAAGGAGGAAGCACUUACAUGGAAAGGGCGAUGAUUACAAAUUAAUGGAGGCUCUGAUGCAAUACUACAUCAGGUUUGGCCACUUGGCCUCCUUUGCAUCUGAUGUUGAAAUGUUUCUUGAUGUCCUAACCCCUGAAAAGAAGACAGAAUUUCUGGAGAAGUUAAAGAAAAACUCUGCCUGCCUAUCAACAGCACCAACAAAAGUCCUUGGGCGGUCAAUAACACUCUUAAAAAUUCAAGAAUUGAUUGGAAACAUGUUGGAGACUUCGGUGGGCGAACUCAAAGGCUCUGCUGUACAAAUGGCAGAGAUGUACUGUAAAUACCUUCCACUUUCAAGGGACUUGGAUCCACAAGAAAGCAUGCAUGGUGAAGAGCUGCUAUCGAUGGUGUGCAAUGUGUUGAUUCAGCUAUACUGGCGUACUAGGAAUCUCGGGUAUCUUUUAGAGGCAAUUAUGGUGUUGGAGUUUGGCUUGACUAUUCGAAGAUUUGUGUGGCAGUACAAGAUCUUAUUGCUGCAUUUGUAUUCUCACUUGGGUGCCCUUUCUGUAGCACAUGAAUGGUUUAAAUCGCUGGAUGUGAAAAAUAUCUUGAUGGAAACUGUUUCACACCACAUUUUACCCCAGAUGUUGGUUUCUCCACUUUGGGUAGAUUUAAAUAAUUUGCUACAGGAUUAUCUCAAGUUUAUGGAUGAUCUCUUUAGAGAAUCUGCAGAUCUUACUUUUCUGGCAUAUCGCCACAGGAAUUACUCUAAGGUAAUUGAGUUUGUCCAGUUUAAAGAACGACUGCAACACUCUAACCAGUAUUUGGUGGCAAGGGUUGAAGCACCCAUUCUAAAGCUAAAGCAGCAUGCUGAUAAUAUUAAAGAUGAAGAUGCUACUCUUGAAAGCUUGAAAUGUGGGAUUCAUUUCGUUGAACUCUCUAAUGAGAUUGGAUCGAAGUCUUUGACCUUUAAUGAAGAUUUGCAGUUACGACCAUGGUGGACACCAACUUCAGACAGAAAUUAUCUUUUAGGACCUUUUGAAGGAGUUUCCUAUUGUCCUAGAGAAAACUCGGUUAAAGCUAGAGAAGAAAACGUGCGAAGGGUUAUAGAGAGAAAAUCCCUUCUUCCUCGGAUGAUUUAUCUGUCUAUACAGAGUGCUUCAACUUCACUCAAGGAGAAUCUUGAAGUCAAUGGUUCAAUAUGUGACCCUAAAAUCACCUCAGAGCUGAAGAUUUUACUUGAACGUUAUGCGAAAUUGUUGGGUUUCUCUUUAAGUGAUGCAAUUGACAUUGUUUUGGGGGUUUCUGGUGGUACAGAGUCUUCAGAGGUUAUUGGUGUGGACUUGAUCGACUGGUUAAACUUUGCUGUGUUUUUGAAUUCAUGGAACUUGAGUUCCCACGAACUUUUACGGGCACAUGAGGAUGGAUCUCAUUCUCAAACUUGGCACAUUGUGGAUUCCCUGCUGGAGAAAUAUAUCAUGGAGAAGAUUAGCUCCUUGGAGUCUUCAAUUUGCUAUCCUAUGGUUGAUCUUCCAGUUUUGGUGCAGUUGGUCACUGAGCCGUUGGCUUGGCAUGGUCUUGUGAUUCAAUCCUGUGUUCGAUCAUCUCUUCCAUCUGGUAAGAAGAAGAAGAAAACUGGACCUUCAGAUCUAUCCAGUCUGUCAUAUUUACGUCAUUCAGUCCAGUCCUUAUGUGACAUGGUUGAAAAAGUUAUAAAUUGGGUUAGAGAACAGAUAAACAGGUCAGAGGAUGAGAAUUUGGAAUUUUUGCUCUCUUCUGUGCAAAAGAAAGGACAAGAGGGUCCUGGGCAGGUAUUCCAGAUUUUAGAAGCUUUGGUCUCAUCCAUAAAUGAUAUUGACUUUGGUGAUCGGAUAUCCCAGGCAUUGAAGUCUUGGAACCCUGUUGAUGUUGCAAGGAAAAUAGUAACCGGGAAGCGUUCAGUAUUUGCUGAAUUUCUUCGGAUUUGCGAGUCAAAAUUCAAGAUGCUGCAGUCAUUAAAACAGCAGGUAUUUCAAUUCUGAAGAGUGGUUGCUUCUGUGGAUGUAGUUUCGGUUCUCGGGUCUGGUCGGUUGGCACUUUGGGUCCACUUAUCCUGUCCAAGGUUCUACUGAUCCAACCUGGAAAGACUUCGAGGGUAUUGAAUACGUGUUCUUCUCUUGUUUGUUCUUUGAUCUCCAAGUCCUUGCUAGCUGUUGGUGCAUGCAGUAGCCGGUUUUGGUGGUUUUUGUUUUCCUUUCCUGUAUUUUUUUUUUAAUUUUUUUUUUUUUUUGGGACAGUGUACAUCAAAUAAGCGCAAUUUUUUCGCUUGAAAAUUUUCGAUGUUUGUUUUUUUGAAUAUUGUCAAGCUUGAAGCUGUUUUUGUAUUCUUAAUCAUAAAUUUUGGAGUUGUACCAUGCAACACUUCAAAUGUAGAUUAUUUUAAAAUACACUCUGAUCCAACAUUUUCAAAACA